CUGUCUCGCGGGAUCAAUAGAUCUACUCGUUGACCGCAAACAGUCUCCUCCUCCUUGCUCCCCGUUGACGCGUCCUCGACGUUCCUUCGUACGAGCACGAUUGUGUUGAGAUCUGCGGAGCUGCAUGCGUCGUACACGUGUGUGUUCAGGGGUGUUGGCUCCCGGGCGUCCUAACUAUCGAGUCCAUGAUACGCACGCUGAAACUCUCCGGCCAGGUUGGAUUCGACAGUUUGCCCAGUCAGCUGGUGAAUAAGUCUGUGCAAAAUGGAUUCGUGUUCAACAUUCUCUGCAUCGGUGAAACCGGGCUCGGAAAGUCGACGCUUAUGGAUUCACUUUUCAACACGAGCUUCGAAUCUAGUCCCAGUCCCCAUAGCUUGCCGUCCGUCAAGUUAAAGGCGCACACCUACGAGCUGCAAGAGAGCAACGUUAGACUGAAGCUGACCAUCGUCGACACGGUCGGUUACGGUGAUCAGAUCAACAAGGAGGACAGCUUCAAGGCGGUCGUCGACUACAUAGAUGCGCAGUUUGAGGCCUACUUGCAGGAGGAGCUGAAGAUCAAACGCAAUCUGGCGACUUACCACGACAGUCGCAUCCAUAUCUGCCUUUACUUUAUAUGCCCCACCGGUCAUGGCUUGAAAUCUAUUGACCUGGUGUGCAUGAAGAAACUGGACACCAAAGUCAACAUCAUUCCAAUUAUUGCUAAAGCGGACACGAUAUCGAAGACUGAGUUACAAAAGUUUAAGAGCAAAAUAAUAUCCGAGCUGCAAAACAAUGGAAUACAUAUUUAUCAGUUCCCGACCGACGACGAAACCGUGGCGAGUGUAAACGUUACCAUGAACACUCACGUACCCUUCGCCGUCGUCGGCAGCACCGACUUCGUUCGCGUGGGCAAUAAGAUGAUGCGUUCCCGCCAAUAUCCGUGGGGCACGGUUCAAGUGGAAAACGAGACUCACUGUGACUUCAUAAAACUGCGCGAGAUGCUGAUAAGUACCAAUAUGGAAGAUAUGCGCGAGAAAACGCACUGCCGCCACUACGAGCUUUACCGGAAGAAAAGACUGGAGCAGAUGGGUUUUAGCGACGUUGACAGCGACAACAAGCCCGUAAGUUUCCAACAGACGUGCGAAGCGAAGAGAUCCAUUCACUUGCAAGAGUUGCAACAAAAGGAAGACGAGAUGCGACAGAUGUUUGUCGCACGAGUGAAGGAAAAAGAAGCUGAAUUGAAAGAGGCUGAGAAAGAGCUUCAUGGUAAAUUCGACAAGCUGAAGAAAGAUCAUACCGAAGAAAAGAAGAAGUUAGAAGAUAGUCGUAAGAAACUCGAGGACGAUAUAAUGGAAUUCAAUAGACGAAAAGCGCAGUUUGCGCAACAACCCCAACAUCACACGCUGACGUUAGGCAAAAGCAAAAAAAAGUAAAGCGUAUUUCGACACUACGACAUCUUUUUAUACUCUUUUGAAUCUGACCAUGCAUCUUAGUUGCAUUAUCCAACAGUAGUAUUAUUAUUUUAAUAAUAUACUUGUAUACCU